CGGGAAAUUUUUGGUCGACGAGGUUUUUCAGGACAUCAUCAUCCCGACUCGUCAUGAUGGCUUUUCGGGUGCGAGCUUCAGGAUUGCUCCGCUUGAAUCGCGGUCCCCGCAUUGGAGGGACGGUUCAGUACCGUGGUCUUGCGACAGUAUCCGAUGGCGCGCAGGCUUGCGAUGUCGUCGUCAUUGGAGGUGGCCAUGCUGGCUCUGAGGCCAGUGCUGCCGCUGCCCGGUCGGGAGCUCGAACCGUGCUGGUCACGCCCUCGUUAUCGAACAUUGGAGUCUGCUCGUGCAAUCCCAGCUUUGGAGGCAUCGGAAAGGGGACAAUGAUCCGUGAGAUCGAUGCUCUUGAUGGCGUUGCAGGUCGCAUCAUUGACAAAGCUGGAAUUAUGUUUCGAACUCUGAAUCGAUCGAAGGGACCGGCAGUGUGGGGUCCGCGGGCUCAGAUUGACCGCGAUCUGUACAAGGAAUAUAUGCGCGAGGAACUCGUUGCUACACCGGGGCUAAGCAUCGUUGAGGGCAAAGUGGCCGAUAUUGUGGUUUCGAGAGAAGGCCUUGACGGAUCUUCAGGCUCACAGGGGAAGAUUGUCGGUGUUCGAUUGGAGUCCGGUCAAGUCAUACCAACGGGUCGUGUGGUGAUUACCACCGGCACGUUCCUGGGAGGUGAAAUUCAUAUUGGGCUCGACGUCUUCCCAUCAGGACGGAUAGGAGAGGCAGCUACGUUCGGUCUGAGCAAGUCCCUGCGGGAAGCUGGCUUUCAGCUGGGGCGUCUCAAGACCGGCACUCCGCCUCGUCUCGACAAGAAGUCAAUUGAUUUCUCAUCGCUGGAGAUUCAGCCGGGUGAUUCACCACCGCAACCUUUCUCCUACCUCAACAGUACCGUCCAAGUCGGAGACGAGGGUCAGCUGAACUGCUGGAUGACAUACACUAACGAGGCUUCUCACGAAAUCAUCCGUGCUAAUCUAGAUAAGUCGGUGCACAUCAGAGAGACGGUGAAGGGGCCCCGAUAUUGUCCGUCGCUCGAGUCGAAGAUAAUCCGCUUUACGGAUAAGAAACGGCAUCAGAUCUGGCUAGAGCCGGAAGGAUUUGCUCCCAAUGAGAUCAUCUAUCCGAACGGUAUCUCCAUGACUGUUCCUGCCGACGCUCAAGAGGCCAUGCUGCGGACGGUGCGUGGCCUGGAGAAUGUGCGCAUGCUUCAGCCAGGUUAUGGGGUUGAAUACGACUAUGUUGACCCUCGCAAUCUUCGGCCUACCCUGGAGACGAAGCUGAUCAGCGGCCUGUACCUCGCGGGCCAGAUCAACGGCACAACUGGCUACGAGGAAGCUGCCGCUCAAGGUAUUAUCGCUGGUACCAAUGCCGGAUUGGCAUCGCAAUCACGACAGCCUCUUACACUCACCCGUUCCGAUGGGUUCAUUGGCAUCAUGAUCGAUGAUCUUAUUACGAAGGGUGUCUCCGAGCCGUAUCGGAUGUUCACCUCGCGCAGCGAGUACCGAAUCUCGACCCGUGCCGACAACGCCGACUUGCGCCUCACCCGUAUGGGUCGCGAGGCUGGUGUCGUGGGGGACCGACGAUGGAGUCACUUCACUGAUACCGAGGGACAAAUUCGGGAGCUCCAGAACCUCCUUGAAAGCACUAAGAUGUCCUCUUUCCAGUGGUCGCGCAAAGGCUUCCCCGUGCGAGUGGACACCUCGAUCCGCUCAGGAAUGGACAUGCUGUGUCUUGACGGCGUCGACAUCGACUCUCUCAUCCCACACAUCGAAUCAGUCACCGCCUACACUCCUGCCUCCUUCGCUCCCGAGAUCCGCGCUCGCGUGGCUAUUGAGGGCCGCUACGCCCCGUAUGUGAAGCGCCAGGCACUCAUGGCGAGGAAGUUCCAGCAGGAUGAGAACCUGCUUCUCCCACGCGAUCUGGAUUACUCCAAGGUGCACGGAAUCAGCACGGAAGAGCGACAUGCGCUCGAGCGCGUUCGGCCCGAAAGCAUCGGCAUGGCGCGACGCAUUGAAGGCGUCACCCCUGCAGGAGCACUCCGAUUGCUGAUGCAUGUUCGCAGAUCUAGUCCAGACCUCUUGAACAAUGACAAACUAGAGGAAGGCUCCGCUACCGAACUGGAGGAGGUACUUCGAUGAAGUCUCUCUGAAGGGUCUAUUAACAUUCGGAUAUUCGUCUGAUUAUUUCAAAUUUGGAAGAUCUGCACAUCGGAGAAACGGCGCACGUCAUCUGGGGAGCAAUAUCGGGGUUCGAACGUGUUUUUAUAUUUCAUUCUAUGGUUGGCAUACGUUUUCUGAUCUAUACACUUAUGUACAAUACGCUCUCCCAUUUACGCUGCAAAAACAUACCCUGAUAGCUUGUAUAACGA